UGCGCUCUCAUCCUCAUCUUGCCUUCAACCACCACCAUGGUCAACUGUUGUCCCGGGAAUGACCUUCAACGCUCUGGCCAGUCCCUCCACGAAGACUUCGACCUCGAAAUCAUCGAGUCUUCACAACCUCUCCCUCUCGACCCCUCCCUCUCCACCGACCGACUGGACGAAAUCACCGCGUUCCUGGAGUCGCAGACCGAUGCGCUUCGCGAGCUGAACUGGAAGAUUCACGAUAGCCCAGAGCUCGCGUACCAUGAGUUCUUCGCGCACGAGACGCUGACGAACUUUAUGGAAGAAAGAGGGUGGGCAGUAACGCGUAAGGCGUACGGUAUCGAGACUGCGUUUGUUGCGGCGUAUGAUAGCGGGAUGAAGGGGCCUGUCGUGUCCUUCAAUGCGGAGUAUGAUUGCCUGAAGGACAUCGGCCAUGCCUGCGGACACAAUCUUAUCGCAACCGCCUCCGUUGCUGCUGCGCUCGCUACCGCGGAAUGUAUGCAACGCCACAGCUUGGCUGGCAAGGUCGUUCUGUACGGUACGCCAGCCGAGGAAGGUGGAGGAGGUAAGAUACGUCUCUUGAAUGCUGGCGCGUACAAGGACCACGGGGUUGACGUGUCGUUGAUGGCGCAUCCUGGUAUCGUCAGACCGUCUGCGCUGGUGCGAACGGCGGCAUACCAGCAGCUGACGGUGGAAUACUUUGGCAAGGAGGCGCAUGCAGCGGCAAGUCCAUGGGAAGGCAUCAACGCCUUAGACGGGCUCAUCACGGGUUACAACGCUAUGUCGGCACUACGACAACAGACUAUGCCAAAGGAUGUCAUUGGCGUGAAUAUCACCUACGGAGGACUUGCACCCAACAUCAUACAUGCAUACGCUGCUGCCGGUGUUGUCGUGCGGUCGGAGGACCGGUACCGUCUUGUAGAGCUCGAGAGACGAGUACGUGGAUGCUUGGAGGCCGGCGCAGCAGGUUCAGGCGCGGAGCUGAAGAUCACGACUGGGGGAUCCUACCUCGAUCAUACACCAAACAGAUCACUGGGUCGCUUCUACCGACAUUACUUCAACCGUCUAGGACCGAAGGAACCGAUACCCCCGCCUGAGGUCGACUGGCUCACCGGGUUCACUAGCGCGUCGACGGACCAGGGCAACAUCAGCUACUCCAUGCCGUCUCUGCACGCGGGCUUCUACAUCGAGUCUGACGCGGGGCCGCAUACGCCUAAGUUUGCCGAGGCAGCGCGGACACAGCAGGCGCACGACUCGGCGCUGAUGACGGGGAAGGCACUUGCUGCGACGGCGGUUGAGGUGCUGUCGCGGAAAGGGUUGUUGAAGGAAGUUAAGGAGGAGUGGGAGAAGAAUGUUGGAUCACGCCUGAAGGGUCAAUGAAUUUGACCACUGUCGGGUUUCAUGAAGUACAGUUGGGCCUUAGCUUACCGUAUACGCGUUCGAGUUUUUAGGCAUGUGACGGCGUCGAUUUUCGGCCCUUGCCGCAAGACAACAGUAGGACUCAACCCGAACUUCCAUCUCGCUGAGGACAUGAUGCUUUCCGCU